AGGGGCCAUAUUGUUGAUGUGUCACCUCGGGAGGAGAUCACUCACACGGACUUGACACUCAUUAUUUAUCACGGCAGCUGGUAUAUGCCAUUUUAAAUGGAUUUAACAUAACCGUGCCAUUAGCUGAAGGAGAUCAUGGAGCCGUCGGAUUGUCAGAGCGAACUGACCCCUGCCUCUGACCCCUCUCAAAGUUCAGAGGUCAGUGUAGUUCCGGAAGGGUCAAACAAUGUCCUCAGCACUGGGGGUGAACCUGUUUUAAAAGAACAGGAGGAAGACACUGAGCUGGACAGUCUUGAGCUGGAUGGUACUCUUUCAGAUAGUGUGGAUAGAGAAGGUCAGAGACCAGACAUGCACAUGGAGGUCCAGCAAGAUGAAGGACUUGGAGAACAUGCACAGGGUGAUGGGAACACAAGCUGUGACAGUGGAACAGCCUCCAUUGAUGAUGCCAGGACUCUACCAGCUGUUCACGACAGUGCUGUAGAAUCACUUCCCGCGGUUCUUGAUGGAGAACUCGAAUGUUCUGGCCUUGAAGAACCAGCAGAGGUGGUUACAGAAUCAGAAGGUGGGACUCAGAAUAAUGUUGAGGAAUCUUCUCCAUCUGUUCUGAAUGGGACAGAUGAUAUUUCAUCCACACAACUUGAUACAUUCAACGGGCCAACAGAACUUAACAGAACUCCUUUGACUCCUACGCCGGCUUCUCAGGGUGAGGAACUGCCAGAUGUUGUUUCAGUACCCCAAUACUCGCAAUCUAACUCCAACAUGAACCCAUAUGACACGGACUGCAGCAGGAAACUGUUGUCUGAGAUCCAGCGCUCUCUGUCUCAGGAGUCUCUGCUGGAUGAACUGGAGGAUGAGCUGUUGAACAGUGAGUCAGAUGGCAUCCGCAAGGGAAGUCCUCCCAAUGGGCUUCAGAAGGACCAGAGCUCCAUGGUUUUAUUUGAGAAGUGUGUACAAUACAAGUACUCCCAACAGGAGAAAGCCAUCAAGAGAUUACUUGAUGAGAAUAAGAAACAUCAGGAGCUGAUUCUGGGCAUCUGCUCCGAGAAAGACAACAUGAGGGAUGAGCUGAAGAAGAGGAUGGAGACAGAGAAACAGCAUAUUUGCACCAUUAAGAAAUUUGAAAGCCGGGUGGAGGAACUUAUGAAGGAUAUGAAAGACUCCAGAGACAAACUGGUUCACCAAGAUCAGGCCGCUAAGAAUACAAUCCAGCAGAUGCAGAGGGAGAUGGCCUAUAGACUUGAACAGGCCAAUAAGAAAUGUGAGGAGGCACGGCAGGAGAAGGAGACAAUGGUGAUGAAGUACGUCCGGGGUGAAAAGGAAGCUCUGGACCUGCGGAGGGAGAAGGAGCAGCUGGAGAAGAAGCUACGGGAGGCCACAGCAGAAGUAGACAAACAAGCUCGGCGGGGAAACACACUGGCCCAAGAGAAAGGACGCCUACAGCAGCUCUAUGACGCAAAGGAAAAUGAAGUGACAAGACUAUCCCGUGAACUGGAGAAAGUGAAGGAAGAAAUUAAUUCUCAUGUCAUCAAAGUAAAGUGGGCACAGAACAAGCUGAAGAGCGAAACAGAUGCUCACAAGGAAACAAAAGACAAACUAAGAGAAACAACUUCCAAGCUGACUCAAGCAAAGGAGGAGACUGAACAGAUUCGCAAAAACUGCCAGGACAUGAUCCGCACAUACCAGGAAUCUGAGGAGAUUAAGUCAAAUGAAUUGGAUGCAAAGCUGCGAGAGACCAAAGGAGAGCUGGAGAAGCAAAAACAAGAGCAGACAGACCAGCUAGAGAUGCACAAAGCUAAGAUUAAGGAGUUGGAUGAUCUGAAGAGGACUUUUAAAGAAGGCAUGGAUGAGUUGACCACCCUGCGGACCAAGGUUAAGUGUCUGGAGGACGAACGGCCCCGCUGGGAAGACGAACUCUGCAAAUACAGAGAGAUCAUUAACAGACAGAAGGCUGAGAUCCAGAACCAGAGGGAAAAACUCACCGCUAUCACUAGACUAGAGGAGCAGCACCAGAGGGAUGAUCAGGAGAUCGCGUCCUUGCGGGAGGAGGUGGAGAAUCUGAACUCUCAGAUCACCGAUUUGCAGAGGGACAUUGAAGGCAGCAGGACAAGAGAGGCAGAGCUGCUGGGCUUCACUGAGAAAUUGACCAGUAAAAAUGCUCAGCUGCAGUCUGAGAGCAACAGCUUACAGGCCCAGGUGGACAGAUUGAACAGCAGCUCCAGAGAGCUGCACAGCAAACUAGAGGAGACUGAGAGAUCCCUCUCUGAGAUGACGGACAGAUUGAAGAAAGAGGAGCAACAAAGACAGGAGGAAGUUCUGGCAUUGCAGACAGAGAGAACAACACUACAGACGGAGACAUCACAACUAAAGACACGUGUGGAGGAAUUACGAGAUGAACUGGUCACUCAGAAGAGAAAACAGGCAGCCAACAUCAAAGACCUCACCAAGCAGCUCACGCAGGCUCGUAAGAAGCUGGAGCAGGUGGAGAAUGGAGGAUGUGAUCGAGAAGGAAGCAGCAUGGGCAGCAGACUUCUUUACUGCAGUGUUUUGAAUCUCUUACUUUCAGGCUCUCUAAAUGCACGAGGCAGCAGUAUGGAUGAUCGCUCUCCAGAGAAUCAGUCCGGUUCAUCGGUGGUAGUGGUGGACAGCUUCCCCGAGGUGGACAAAGCUGUGCUAGUGGAGCGCAUUGUGCGGUUGCAGAAAGCACUUGCUCGUAAGAACGAGAAGAUUGAAUUCAUGGAGGACCACAUUAAACAGUUGGUGGAGGAGAUCAGGAAAAAGACAAAGAUUAUACAAAGUUACGUGCUCAGAGAAGAGUCUGGAGCUUUGUCUUCAGAAGCCUCAGAUUUUAGCAAAGCCCAUCUGAGCCGGAGGGGAGGUAUCAUGGCAUCGCUGUACACCUCCCAUCCCGCCGACAGCGGCCUCACUCUUGACCUCUCACUGGAAAUCAACCGCAAACUCCAGGCUGUGCUAGAGGACACCCUGCUCAAAAACAUCACACUGAAGGAGAAUCUCCAAACGCUGGGUUCGGAGAUUGAACGACUAAUCAAACAGCAAAGAGUGCCGGAAGACACCGCCGGAAGGAAGUGAAGUCAUUCGAGGGGAAGGAUGUUACAAUAGCACAUGCUGUAAGACUGAGCCCGUUACGAAACGAUUUACGCAGUUCGGGAUCAAAACAGUGCUCUUUUCAUCAGACAAGUUCAAUCUGUUUUAUACACUGGAGGCACAGUUCAAAACAAGGACUGAACUGCGCUAACUAAGGAGACUUGUGUGACAAAUGACUGGAAAGCAAAGAGAUUACCAAGAGCCUGUGCUCACUUUUUUCACGUCGUGCCCAACUGUCCUCUCUUCGCCAUCCCCUGCGAUGUAGCCUCCUCAUCUGUGCCUUGAUGACUCAGUUCAUCAGGUUCAGAGCAGAAUUGUAGUCCGAAUCCAACAACGUGGUGUUUGAAGUUAGCAGAUAAAUGACUAUUCUCAUAAAUGUGACCCCACUCUCUUAUGAAGAACAAAAUGUGCUGGACUAAUGGAGAUUCUGCAGCUCUUUAGAGACUUUUUCCUCUAUUCAUUGCACCGCAGGUUAAUGGCCGCUCCUCGCCACUCUUAUACAAACGUGCCAAUUAAUGAAUGUAUUAUGUAAUGAGAAGGACCCUUGCAUCUAAUCCCACAUGCUCUGACCCAGGAGUGUGGGCAACAUUCCCCGUUUGAGCUGCUGCUAGGUUACUGCUACACCCGGAUAGCAUUAUCUCUUGCUCGCAAAGCACUUAGGCGAGAAGGGCCAUGCCAAAAAACACAGCUCUUGCUCUGUCUCAUUAUGAAGUUAAACAGAUUAAUCAGAAUGAGUAACUACAUCUCAGAAAUGUUGAUGCAUGUAGGGCUAGUCUUAAGGGAGCUUGCGGUUCAUUCUAUCUGGAUUAAGUUGUAAUUAAAUAUUAUUGUUUCCCCCCCCCCCCCCCUUCUACCUCUGCUUAUAUGUUUUCUGUAGAAACAACCUUAUUAUUUUUAUGCUCCAGCUUUUUUUUUUUUAUCAAUUAUUUUCUUGUGUAUGACGUUCCUGUGCUGCUUUUGAAGAGUUUGUUGCUCCCCAAAGAGACUGUAAGAGAGUAUAAAAUCCCUGUGAAAUGAAGGAGACAUUGUAAAUAUUAAGGGCAAAAGUGCAAUUUUAACCCCCUCUUUGUUUGUUCGACUGAGCCGUAAUCGCCCCAGCCAGCGGCCCAUCUGAGACUCCAGCAAAAUCCAUCCAGUUCCGUGGUGAUGUAACCAUAUGGUACACAACAUCGUGCAGAGUUGAAUCCAUUCCAACCGAUGAAUUGCGAAUGCCUGAGGCAUCACUGGUCUGCUUCUCCUUCCGUCCCUUCAUGCGGGGGUGCAUGAUGAAGGAUCGCCCCGUCGGAUGCUGCUGAUGGAUUUUUUUACGUUCAUCUUUAGAGCAGAUAAUUGGCAGAUCUCAGCCAGUUUACCAACCAUUUUAGUGCCGUUCUCAGUCUUCUGGAUUUUCUCACGCUUGAGCCGCUAUUGAAAGUAAAAUCAUGCCCAUACACUGUGAUUAAGGGUUUAUAAUAACUUGACAUACUGCAAUAUAAGUUUGUCAAGGUCAUAUCAGUUGUUCUAACACUGAGAGCCUGCGCUCUAGCUCUCAGCACUCCCAAAUUGCAAACACAUUGCAGAUAUUCCGGAAAACGCUGGAUGAAGGAAAUUAUGCAAUGCUAGCAGGAAAAUAAGCAUUUACACAGAGCCCUUAAUAGCGAAUUGAGGACUCUAUAAUAUGUCGGUAAUUUAUCAGUGUACUUUACAUUCAUAAUUUAUUUAAUGUCUCAAAAUACUAGAACGAUCUCUUGAAGCAUGUAUGUGUGUUUGUGAAUGGUGAAUUGAAACUGAUGGGAAAAAGAAAAAAAUCCUGUAUUGAUGGUCUGUCAUUUGUGCUCUGCUUGACUGUAUAGUGAGUGAAACUGUGAUUAUAAAUUUGUAGAUAUAUUGUACAAUGGUCCAGUGUUUUUAAACUUCUGGAGUUUACUGUAUAUAUGACGUUUAAAGGGGAUUAAAAUGAAAA